AUGAUUUGGAAUGAAGAAAAGGAUGAGCUGCUUUGUAGAGAAAUCUUGGUUGUCAAUGUGUUUUGUGGCACCAAAAGGAGUACUGUGGCAAGAGGGGCAAAAUGGGAAAAGGUAGCUGAAAACCUAAACAAAUCCAAGAUGUAUAUUUUAAAGUGAAUAAGAGGGCAGUUCGUGACCGCUAUAACAAUCUUGCAAGGAAUCUGAGGAAAAAAAAUCAAAAAUGAAGAGAAAGCAAGUGGUAUAGAGACUGAGAUGAAAAACUUGGAGAAAGCUUUGGAAGAUUUGAUUGAAAGAGAGGAUGCGGCUGAGUCUGAGCAGAGAGUAGUUGAUGACCAGAAGAAACAAGAUAGAGAAAAUGCAACAGACAUGAGAAAAAUAGCAAUGGAAAGUAUUGGGCAGACAAAGAAGAGGAAAGAGUCCAAUGAUGAUGAAAAUGAAGGAAGAAAAUUUAAGAAGAGG